UUGUAAAGAACAUUAAAACAACACACACACACAAAUAAACAGUUGCAGAAAACCAACACGGAAGAGAAAAUGUCUGUGGCAUCCUCAAUCCCAUGUAUCAAAAUCCCAAACCCUUCAUCCCCAUCUUCCUCUUCUUCUUCUUCUUCUUCCUCGUCCUCCACUUGUUGUAGAUUGUCUACGACAGCCAAACCUUAUAUUGUGACUAUCAGGAGUUCUCAGACUGAAGGGCCUUUGAGAAGACCUGUGGCACCUUCUCCACCACCUCCUUUGAAACCAGUUCCUCCUUCUCCAUCACAACCGCCGACACCUCCUCCUUCUUCUUCGCCUCGGCCAAAGCCGGCUUCUGUGGCAGCUGCUGGUGACCAGAAUGUGAUCACUUUGGAGUUUCAGAGACAGAAGGCAAAGGAGAUGCAAGACUACUUUAAGCAGAAGAAGCUUGAGGAAUCAAAUCAAGGGCCUUUCUUUGGGUUCCUUGGGAAGAAUGAGAUUGCUAAUGGAAGGUGGGCAAUGUUUGGCUUUGCUGUUGGGAUGCUAACAGAGUAUGCAACAGGUUCGAACUUUGUUGAUCAAGUAAAGAUCAUGCUCUCAAAUUUCGGGAUUAUAGAUUUGGAUUGAUUCCUUUCCUUGUACCCAAUGCUAUCCAUACUAUUUGAUUUUCUGUAGUAAUAUCCAAUGUUUUGUUUGCAACUUCCUGAGCAAGUUCUUUGCUAUCCUCAUUGGUUGAUCGAUCAAUUAUAACAAAGCUGUAUCCAGACAGUUUGCUUGCUUUUCAAGUAUACAAGUUCUUUAUUUUGAUCGUUUCUAUA